GACCACGUGUGUUCGCUGUCGUGCGUCGUGCGUGAGUCGUGACGUCAGCGGACCACGCACGUUCACUGAACGUCGUUCGGCGCGUGUGGUGAUAGAAUGAUAAAAAAAGCUAAACACGCUUCUGUACGGAGGGAAUUAUGAAAUCAAACCGUAUUCUAGCACUUUGUUAAGAAAACCAACCUUCUCUUAUUAGAAUAUCUUUAUGAAAUAACCGAGUCAGAGGAAAAGACGCUUGAAAUCAACAUCGAAAAAUAAGGCCCAGGACUGAAUCAGAUCCAGCCCAGCAUGGACGGAGAUGGAGAGGGCCAGAGCCGCUGGUGUCUGUCCCAGGUCAAAGGAGCCGUAGAUGAUGAUGUAGCCGAAGCUGACAUCAUCUCUGCGGUGGAGUUCAGUCAUUCCGGGGAGCUUUUGGCCACAGGAGAUCGAGGUGGAAGAAUAGUGAUCUUCCAGCAAGAGCAAGAGAGUAAGAACUUGCCGCAGUGCCGUGCUGAAUAUAACGUCUACAGCACGUUCCAGAGUCACGAGCCGGAGUUCGACUAUCUGAAGAGUCUGGAAAUCGAGGAAAAGAUCAACAAGAUCCGCUGGCUUCCUCAGAAAAAUGCUGCACACUUCCUGUUGUCCACAAACGAUAAAACCAUCAAGCUCUGGAAAAUCAGUGAACGAGACAAGCGACCAGAGGGUUAUAACCUCAAAGAAGAGGAUGGCCGCUACAGGCAUCCAUCAUCCCUCACAACACUACGGGUUCCAGUGUUCCAGCCGAUGGACCUGAUGGUGGAGGCGAGUCCGCGGCGGGUUUACUCCAAUGCUCACACCUACCACAUCAACUCUAUCUCUGUCAACAGCGACAACGAGACGUAUCUGUCUGCCGAUGACCUCCGAAUCAAUCUGUGGCACCUGGACUUCACCGACCGAAGCUUCAACAUUGUUGAUAUCAAGCCGGCCAACAUGGAGGAGCUGACAGAGGUGAUCACGGCUUCAGAGUUUCACCCGCUCCAGUGCAACACGUUUGUGUACGGCAGCAGCAAGGGUUCCGUGCGCCUGUGUGACAUGAGGGCGUCUGCGCUGUGUGACCAACACUCCAAAUUGUUUGAGGAACCCGAGGACCCCAGCACACGCUCCUUCUUCUCGGAAAUCAUCUCAUCCAUCUCAGACGUCAAGUUCAGUCACAGCGGCCGAUACAUGAUGACCAGAGAUUAUCUGACCCUCAAGAUCUGGGACCUGCACAUGGAGAGUCAACCGGUGGAAACCUACCAGGUUCAUGGUUAUCUCAGGAGUAAGCUGUGCUCUCUCUACGAGAACGACUGCAUCUUUGAUAAGUUUGAGUGCUGCUGGAGGGGCGAUGACAGGUGAGGAGACAUGGCUCACGUUCAGUAAUGGCAU